GAAGGAGAUCAUCGGCCGAGUGGACUGCCAAUUCAGGUUGAUAAAGGCUACCCAAAGGACGCUUCUGAUCCCAAACCACGACAGCUGGAAACCAACCAGAAAGAAACCCUGACGAUCGAGCACUUUCAACCCAUCUUGGCGACACUAGCAAAUCUCGAUCGCGACGAUCCGAAACUAGCAUUUCAAGCGGCUCGGUCCGUGGGGCUCUAUCGACGUCUAUGUGCAUCAUGUAUGCCUAGGCACCUUAGUGGCGAGGAUGUCGACUAG